AUAAACCUAUUCAACUCUUCAUUUAUCAUAACCUUAACAAUCUUAACAUUCCCUAUCAUCACACCUUUGACCAACCUAUACAAAAAAUCACACUACCCCGGCUAUAUUAAAACAAUUAUCUCCAUCUCCUUUUUCCUCAGCCUAAUCCCAACCCUCACUAUGUUUUACUCUGGUCAAGAGGCCACAAUAUAUAAUUGGAGCUGACUAAAUAUUCAAACCUUUCACCUAAAUAUUAAUAUUAAAUUAGACUAUUUUUCUAUCCUAUUUAUAUCAGUAGCCUUAUUUGUCACAUGAUCCAUUAUAGAGUUCUCACUCUGAUACAUACACUCUGACCCUAAUAUAGACAAAUUCUUCAAAUAUCUACUACUAUUUCUAAUUACUAUAAUAAUCCUAGUUACAGCUAACAACCUAUUCCAACUUUUCAUCGGCUGAGAAAGCGUAGGAAUCAUAUCUUUCCUACUAAUUGGAUGGUGACAUGGACGAUCAGACGCCAACACAGCAGCAAUGCAAGCAGUAUUAUACAACCGUAUUGGCGACAUCGGCUUCAUUCUUUCCAUAACAUGAUUUCUACUCUACUCCAACUCAUGAGACCUACAACAAAUCUUUAUUACCCAAGAAGGUACUGAUAUUAUCCCUAUGCUCGGCCUACUGCUAGCAGCAACUGGAAAAUCAGCCCAAUUCGGACUACACCCUUGACUCCCCUCAGCUAUAGAAGGCCCUACACCGGUAUCUGCCUUACUUCACUCAAGCACUAUAGUUGUCGCAGGAAUUUUCCUAUUAAUCCGCUUCUAUCCCCUCAUACAAAAUAAUCAAUCACUCCAAACACUAUGCCUCUGCCUCGGAGCAUUAACCACUUUGUUUACGGCCAUUUGUGCACUGACACAAAAUGACAUCAAAAAAAUCGUAGCAUUUUCCACUUCCAGCCAACUAGGCCUAAUAAUAGUAACCAUCGGAAUUAACCAACCCCAUCUAGCAUUUCUUCACAUCUGCACCCACGCUUUCUUCAAAGCAAUACUUUUUCUAUGCUCCGGUUCAAUCAUCCAUAAUUUAAACGACGAACAAGAUAUUCGAAAAAUAGGCGGCCUACACAAAACCCUACCAAUUACAUCUUCCUCUUUAAUAAUUGGCAGUAUAGCUUUAACAGGGAUCCCUUUCCUUACAGGAUUUUACUCCAAAGACCUAAUCAUUGAAUCUGCAACAACGUCGUAUACAAACGCCUGAGCCCUAGUUAUUACCCUAAUUGCUACAUCCCUAACUGCUGUCUAUAGCACACGAAUCAUCUUCUUCGCAUUACUCAAUAACCCUCGAUUUAAUUUCUCUCCAAGCAUAAAUGAAAAUGACCCCACAAUAAUUAACCCUAUCAAACGACUAGCCAUCAGCAGCAUCUUAGCCGGCUUCUUCAUCUCCUACAAUAUUCCCAUCACAAACAUCCCUCAAAUAACUAUACCCCCCUACAUGAAAUUUGCAGCAAUCUUAUCAACAGUCCUAGGCUUCAUAAUCGCCCUCGAACUAAACGUAAUAACCAAAAACCUUAAAUCUAAUUACUCCACUAAAUUAACUAACUUCUCAAACAUGCUAGGCUACUUCCCACCCCUAAUCCACCGAACAUCCCCAUUCAUUAACCUCUCAACAGGCCAAAACCUAGCCUCCCUAAUAAUUGAUUUAAUUUGACUUGAAAAAUCUCUACCAAAGACUAUCUCUCAAACACAAGCAAUAGCAUCCAUAUAUACUUCUACCCAAACCGGCCUACUAAAACUCUACUUCCUCUCCUUCCUGAUCUCUAUAACUCUAGCACUCACCCUACUAUUUUAA